CUCCAUAGAAAACGCCAACCCAAGCCACAAGUCAUUCGGGUAGCCCAAAAGCAGAAACCCGAAACCCGUGCAUAUCAAAAUUGUGUCUUCUCCUUCAUCUAACCCUGUAACCCUAAUCAGAGCAAAUAGAGAAAAAGUAAGAUCCAGAGAUGGAAGAAACAGCCAAGCUUUACAAAUCAGUACUUGAAGUUAUGGCCUUUUCUGUUCUUGCAUAUAAAGGCUGCUCUUUUAUUGAAACUUUGCUUUCUUCAUCAAAAAAGAAGAAGAAAAAGAAGAAGAAGAAGAAGAAGAAGAAGAACAAGAAUAUAUUACCACAUCCCAGUCAAAUUCACAAAGAGAAGAUAGUUAUGAUUCCGUCAAAGAAUAUAAUUGAAGAGAAGAUAGUUGUGAUUCCGUCAAAGAAUAUAAUUGAAGAGAAGAUAGUUGUGAUUCCAUCAAAGAAUAUAAUUGAAGAGUAGACAGUUGUGAAUCCAUCAACAAGCACAAAGAAGAUGGAUGCCGAUCGGGCCAUGAAAAUCCACUUCCCAGAUGUAAUAAUUGUGGACAUCCUCAGCAGGUUACCUGUGCGGUCGCUUCUUCGAUUCAAAUGUGCUUCAAAAUUUUGGAGGUCAUUAAUCUCUGAACCCUACUUUAAAACAAAGCAUUGGAAUCAUGCCAAGAAUAACCAAAAUUUUCAAAGAUUUCUUAUUGGCCAAGUUUGCCCGACUUCUCAUGAUAAGUGGCUUGGUACGAUGUCGUUCUAUUGUUCUUCUGUAUCAUCGGUCCAACUGGUUGAUGUACAAAAGCUUGGUUGCCCUUCAAAUGAUAAACCGUGCGGUUAUUUCAUAGUAUGCUGCGGCGAUGGCUUGUCUCUUCUUCGGUCUCCAAAUGACUAUCUGCUGUGGAACCCUUCCACAAAUGAAUCAGUAGUACUUCCGAAUCCCGAAUCUCCACGAACAUUCGGUAGCGCUUACGGAUUGGGAUAUGACACAACUAGUGAUGACUAUAAGAUUCUUAGGAUUGAAAGUAGUAAGGGUUAUGGUUCCAACCCACCCUGUAAAAUCUUUGCACUAAAGAGUGGUUCUUGGAGAAAAAUUGAUAACCACCCUCGUGGCUAUAAAAUUGAUAACCAUCCUCGUCGCCCUUACGAUAGUGAAUUUGUUGUGAACUCUUUGGCAUUUGUUCAUGGCGCAUUUCAUUGGAUCAUCAAGGAUAAUUUAUCUAAGUAUUUCAUCGCUUCAUUGAAUAUAUCAAAUGAGGCGUACGGAGAGAUGCCGUUGCCAGAGGGAAUUUGUAAUAUUUACAACAAGUUAAGAUAUGGCGUUUCAGUAUUAGAAGGAAUGCUUUGUGCUCAUUGUAAUUAUCGUAAUACGGAGGGGGGCACGUUUAAGUUAUGGGUAAUGAAAGACUACGGUGUCAAGGAAUCUUGGACUGAAUUAUUUACUAUUCAAGAGACCCAACUUUUGUCAGCCACACCGAUAUGUAGGUUUACAGAUGGUGAAGUGUUACUCUACUACAACUGGGCUAGAUAUACUGAGUACAGGACAUCCAAAGGACCAUAUCGAUUGUUGCCUGCAUCUGCUGCUUCUGCUUUACCAUAUCGAUUCUUGGCUGGAUCUGCUUUCAUCAAACACCUAUUCUGCUAUACAGAAAGCUUGAUCUCUCCAAAAUUACUUGUUUAGUAUUUGAUUAUGAUUGGAGCACCUUUUUUUUUUUUUUUUUUUUGGGGGUGGUGGUUGGGGGUGGGGGGUGGGUGGGUGGGUUUGGAAGUCAUGCUACAUCUUAUUCUUAUAAGUUAUUAGCUUGUUAGUUUUGUGUUUUAGAAUGUAAUUCCCAGUGUUGUUGGCUUUGCUUAUUUCAUGUUCCUAAAAGAGGCGACAUAGCCAUUUCUGUACUAAUAAAGAAGUGGUUGAACUCUCA